AUGGCAAAGACCUCAAAAUCUACAAAAAAAUUCGAAAAAAAAACGGCUUCAAAAAAAAAUGAAAUAAUAGAACCAGAAGAAAAUGAAUUAGUUGAUUGUUUUUCGAAGGAAGUUUCAGAUAGUCUUUCAGAAUUCAUAUCUGAAGAAAAUGAAAAUGAUAAUGUAUCAUUAAACGGCAAUGAUGAUCAUAAAGCACAACUUGAAGCUUUAAAAGAAGAAGAUCCAGAAUUUUAUAAGUAUCUUAAAGAAGAAGAAGCGGAAUUGCUUGCGUUUGAAGAUUCUGAUAUAUCAGAUACAAAGAAAAUAGAGGAUGACAAUAAAAAAGAUGAUAUAGAUCGAAAAACGCUGACAUUAUCUGUUCUAAAUAAGUGGGAGAAGAGUCUUGUUGAAGAAAAAUCGGUAAAAGUUCUAAAAAAAGUGGUCGUAGCAGUUCAUACAGCAAUUCAAUUUAACGAAAAAACGGUUUUUUCGACAAAUUCACUUAUAAGUGAUUCAGAGGUUUUUAAUGCACUUAUUAUCUUAGCAUUUAAACAGGUUCCUUCUAUUUUAUAUGAUUAUUUUCAAUCAAAAAUUUCUAUGCAUAAGAAAGAAAAGAGUCGGGACGAAAAAAAAGAAAAAGAGUUAUCAUUUAUUUUUAGAACUCAAUUUUCAAAUAUGUUACGUCUCUUACAUGAUUUAACUGAUUCAAAUACAUUACAUUUAAUACUAGAAGGGGCAGAAAAACUUAUACCAUGUGCUCUUACACAUAGAAAGUUCAUGAAAAAUUUGAUAAAACUUUUAGCAAAUCUAUGGAGUACACAGUCUCAUGAUCAAAUCAGAAAUUCUAUAUAUUCUAUAAUCGAAAAAACAUUUUCUACAAAUGAUAAAAAUUAUAUAGAAUAUGGCCUUAAAACAUUUUAUACGGCGCUUAUUCAGCAAUCAUCCCAUACAAAUACCAUUACAUUACCUUUUAUUUGUUCUAUGAAAAAUUUUGCAUCAAAACUUUUUGGUGUUGACCAAGUCAUUUCAUAUCAAGUUUCCUUUAAAUGUAUUCGCCAGUUAGCUAUCUAUUUACGUAAUGCAAUUAUUAAACAUGAUAAGGCAAAGGUUUAUAGUUGGAAAUAUGUACAUUCCAUUGAUUUUUGGUCUCUUGUUCUAUCUAACUAUUGUAAUAAAAUUGAAAAAAACACACAUACAUUAGUAAUGCGAGAUCUAAUUUAUCCGUUGGUUCAAGUAACCCUAGGAACAAUUAAAUUUGUAUCUUUAGUUCAAUUCUUUCCUUUGAAGUUUCAUCUUAUUCGAAGUUUAAUUCGCAUUUCUUAUUAUACAAAAGUUUAUAUUCCUUUGGCGCCCUAUAUUUUUGAAGUUUUAGAAUCUAAGGAAAUAAAGAAUAAACCAAAUCUCUCUACUGCAAAACCUAUUGAUUUUGAGUUAUGUAUACGCGUACCACAAUCCUAUCUUAAAGGGAAAGUUUAUCAAGAUGGAUUAAUUGAACAAAUAAUUGAAUUAUUGCAAGAAAUCUAUUCAUUACAAUGUAAAUCAAUAUCGUUUCCAGAAAUGGCAAUGCCCAUAAUAAUUCAGAUAAAACGGUACAUUAAACAAUCAAAAAAUUCCAAAUUAAAUAAGCUAUUAUCGAUUUUUAUAGAAAAACUUAAAGAGAAUUCAGAAUUUAUCAAUUCUCAAAGGAAUUCUAUAGAAUUUUUAGCGGAAAACAUAGAUAAAAUGAAUGCCUUUUUAGAAGAUUAUGAUUGGAAUAAAACCCCUCUAGGAAAAUAUGUUUGUCAACAAAGAAAAAUAAGACAAAGACUAAAAAAAGUUGAAGCAGAGUAA